ACAACGUUUAAGGUAUCUGCGUAGACGCCCUUUCAAGUGUUGGUUUGCAUGUUUAUAAUUUGUUCUUUUAACUGGUUAUCUUUGCUCUUCGAUAGAUUAAGAUAGUAAGAUGUACUAAAUAUUACUACAGGAAAGAUUGGUUAUCAAUACAUAUAUAAACAACCAAACAGUGUCGAGUUACUUUGUAUCAUCUGUUAAAUAUUCACUCGUUUUUAUCACGUCGUUAAACUGUGGCUAAAGGUAGAGAAGUUGUUUCAGAAAAUUAUACAUAAAAGUUGUAGAAGAUCGCCGAGACAGCCGAAAAGUUUCAACGCAAGGGGAGACAUGACAGUUAAGUCUUACAAGGAAAAAAAGUAUCGAAAGAAGGAAAUAAAAUUUGUUAAUAAAAACACAAUUCAACAAAGCCAAGAAGAAAUGCGUAUAUAAAGUUAUAUCAAGAGCAUAUAUAUUGAGUUAGCUUAUAGUUAUUGUUUAUUCAUUAUGGGUGGAGCAAGAAACAGACAUAUGUUACUAUUUGCCACUGCGCUGCUAUUUUUUCAACCAUACUCUGCUGGUCUGGAUAUAAGCGACUGUCAGAGCGAAUGGUUACAACUGAAGAACGGCGGCGGAUACGUGUACCGAGUUGAUUGUUCAAAUUUGGGAUUUACUACGAUACCGAAGAAUUUACCGAUUUUAACAUCAGAAUUACUGCUUAAUGGUAACAGCAUUUCUUCAAUUAACGACGAAGCUUUCACUGGAUUGGACUCGCUGCAAACUUUAGAUUUAAGUGGUAAUGAUAUAGCAGGAAUUUCAGAAUCAGUAUUUGAAAAGAUAAAAACUUUGAAAAAGCUAGAUCUAAGUCGUAAUAAGCUGUUUUGUGAUUGGACACUGUGGUGGUUGGUUAAAUAUACUAAAAGACUUAGUAGUUUCGAUGGAAAAUGUUUUUCUCCAAGACCUUUGCGUGGAAAGCUGAUAUCUGAUCUUACUUUGGAAGAUUUAUCAGUUGAUUGUCUCAGUAUAAAAAAGCUUACCAAUACAGUCACAGAUGGAGAAUACACUGUUCGUGUUUAUGGACGCGAUAAUUCAGAAACUGAUACUUCAAUAUUUUGCUAUGAAAUGGAAUCAGAAAAACCAAAAGAGUAUUUAACUUUACCAUCUGGUAUGCAUAAUAAUUUUGUGACAAUCAUAAUGGAUGACAAAUGUAACUACCACUCUGAUGCAGCUUUGAAGAAGACACUUGCAAAUUUUCCCAAGGAAAACACAACAUCAUACUUUCAUAGAGUGCGUGUUGAACUAAAUUCAUUAAAAGUUAUUGCUACAGAUACUACAUUUGCAUCACAUAAGUACGUAAGUUAUGGUCAACCUUCAAUAUGCGGGACUAGUAAUUGCAUUGGUGGUAUGUCCAGAGUUGACCUACGUGGAACACAUUUUCAGUUAAAGGCAAGUAAGCAAAUAAUUAAAGAAGAUAUGUGCUUAACCUGCAGCUUGUGUAAGACCCACCAGACUCUUGAAUUAGAUUUGAUUGAUAAGUCGAAGCAACCAUUUCCAGCCUGCACAUUACCUCUUGGUAUGCAAAGCAACCAUGUACCAAAUUCAAGCAUUUCAGCUUCCUCUCAUGCUGGUAAAUAUUUCAUUCCAAGCCAUGCACGAUUGAACAGUCUUUCGUAUUCAGGAUGGUGUGCAUCUACACAAGACUUAUCACAAUACUUGCGGGUAGAUUUAGGAAAGACAAUGACUCUAAGUGGAAUUUCAACACAAGGUCACAAGGAGAACAAGGAUUGGGUAGUUUCCUACAAAAUAAAAUACUCAAUUACUGGUGUAUCUUACCAUGGAUAUCAUGAAUUAGGAAAGAAAAAGACACUAGCUGGUAACCAGGAUUCAAACACAGUAGUAACACAUUGGUUUCAACCACGUUUCCGAGCUCGCUAUGUUAAAGUACAUCCUCUUUCAUGGAACGACGAUAGUAUUUUGGAACACAAGAUCUGCAUGAGGAUAGAAUUAUAUGGCUGUGAUAAUGACAUUACAUCACAUAUAAUCAAGAAAUCCCCUGAAAACAAAUGUUUAACAGCUGAUUUCGCAACUAAAAAGGAAGAAUACCAUCUCAUGAAAAAAUCAACUUGUACUGGAUCUGAUUUUAUGUUUAUAUACUAUCACAGAAGAUUGAUACACACCAAAACAGGGUUGUGCUUAAAUGUGAAUAGCCAAUCCGCUUUUGUUUUAAAUAAGACUUGUACAUCGCCAAAUUUAAUGUUUCAAAAAGUCCGACAUCCAGCAGGUGAAUCAUUUUUAAUCAAAGAUUUGAACGGAUAUUGUGCAAGCCUAACCGAGGAUGAAAGUACAGGACAAUUAUAUACAAAAUGGAAGUUCUGCUUAAAAGGAGGCUUUACAAUAUUGCAGAUGUCUAGAGAUGGAGUUUCCGCCUUUCCCCCGUACUUUGAAAAAAAGAAGUCAUUUAUUCAAACAGACUUAUUUAAACCGGUGAGUGCAGCCUGUAAAGCUCACGCAGACCCAUAUGCUGUAUACAGAUGGACAAAAAAAAUAGGAAAUUCAGAACAAACAAUCACUUUUGGAUUGGCUACCAAGAAUGACCAUAGCAUUUUAUCAUUUCCAAAUAUUACUUGGAGUGAUCGUGGUAUUUAUACUUGCAAUGCAUGGAACUCAGAAGGAUCAGCUGCAAAAGAAUAUGAAGUUGUUGUUAACCCAAUCCAAUGGUUUCACACAAAACCGUCUGACCAAAGUGUUGUUUAUGGAAAAAAGGCAACAUUCUCUUGCGUUUCAAAAGGAAUACCUAAACCAAAGAUAACAUGGCAUCUGCAUGAUAACUUAACAUUGGAAUACAAGCCUAUAUCAUAUUCUGAUGAAAAGAAGUAUAAGAUUUUUCCUAACGGUACCUUAGUUAUUUACAAUGUUGACUAUAACGACCAAACUACUUAUGUAUGUUAUUCAACAAGUCCUGGCUUGAAGAGGAAUGUCUCUGCUAUGUUAACUGUUUAUGUGACACAAAACUUUACAACUGUCCCAACAGCUGCUCAUGUUUUGUAUGGAAACAAUGCUAUCUUCAGUUGCAUAUUAGAAGGUGAUCCGAAACCACGGGUUGGAUGGUCAGUAAGGCUCAAUAAAUACAAUGAUAUACUCUCCAUUGAUGAAUCAAUGCAAUAUAAAUAUGAGAUCAUGAAUAACGGAAGUUUGUUGGUUAAAAAUGUCACAAUUGAUGAUAAGGGAGAUGUGCUUUGUUAUUCAUACAGUCCAGGACUCAUCAGAAAUGUGAAAGCGCCAUUAACUGUUUAUGUUACACAAGAAUUUGUUUUGAUGCCAAAAGAUCAAAGGUUAAUAUAUGGUUUAAAUCAUACCUUAAAAUGUGUUUCUGUUGGCGUACCCGAACCAAUGAUAUCUUGGGAGUUUAAGAGUGCAUCAAGAAGUAUAUUUCAGCCAGUUGAUGCAAUGAAUAGCAAGAAAUACUCUAUUUUGCAAGAUGGAAGCCUUCAAAUAACUGGUGUUACACUGACUGAAUCUGGUGUUUAUACAUGUGUGUCGAACAGUCCAGGGCUAAAACGUAACAGAUCUGCCAAUAUUGAUGUAUAUGUAACACAAUCAUUUUCAAAGAAGCCUAAAUCACAGACGCUUUUACGAGGUGAAACUGCGACAUUUCAAUGCAUAUCUGACGGUGUGCCAAAACCCAGGGUGUAUUGGAUGUUUAAAGGUCUACAAUCCGCUGCAAAAAGUUACAAGGAGAUGUUGGCAGAUGCUCGUUACAAAUUUGAAUCAAACUCAUUGAUAAUUGAGAACGUUCAGAACAAAGACGAGGGAAAGUAUGCGUGUAUAUCGGAAAGUCCUGGAAAGAUUGUAGAUGCAUCUGCUAAUCUAAUUGUGCAUAUUAUGCCACAGCUCACAUUAUCACAAUCAAAAAACGACAUGUUAGUUGGUCAAUCUUGUGAAGUUAUUUGCACUACAGCUGGUGACCCUACACCAGAUACUAAAUGGUACAAGUUAAAAAAAGAUACUUUUGAGUUAGACCAUGAAAUUUCUGUUAGUGUGUCUGGUCGACUAGCUUUUAGUAAGAUUCGAAAGCAAGAUCAAGGCAGAUAUGCAUGUGAAGCUACAAAUGCAGCUGGAAAAGCGAGAGAAGUGUACACCUUAUCUGUGAAAGCAACUUGUGAAUUGAAUGUUGUUGGACACAGUGUUGCCCAAGAAAAGUAUAUUUAUAUUGAGGACGAGUUUGCGAAGAUACAAUGUCUUCCUGGUUUUCUUAUAAAUGGAUCAAGUAUGCUCCAAUGUUCUAGCAAUGGUAGUUGGAUUGGAGUAGUACCACAUUGCAGAGAUAUUGAUGAGUGCAAUACAAGUAACGAUAGCGAAGCAAGCAGUGGUGAACCAACUGAUAAUGAACCUGAUGUUUGCGAUUAUAAUGCGCAAUGUGUUAAUACGAUUGGUUCAUACAAAUGUGUAUGUGAUGAAGGUUAUGUGAUGAUAAAGUCAAAAUGUGAGUUUAGUCCUCCUGGAGGUAGAACUGAAGCACCAACACUAAAAACAACAGUUUCAACCACACCACCUCCAUUGAACUACAUAUGGCUGAAAAUAUUGAUGCAAGAAUAUAACCAAUCUCUUGUGGAUGAAGAAACAUACUUGCUACGUAUAAAAGACUUUUCCAAAAAUAUUUCCUCGUUAACAUUUCAAAGUUGGAAGGUGAAUGCUAUUAAAAACGUGAUACUGGCGUUAAAUGUGGCUAUAGAUGUGACAGGAUUAGGACAAGUUAAAAUUAACAGCACAAAGAUUUUUGUAUCAAUAGUUGAUGAUAUAUUGAAUGAAGAUAUGAUGGACGUAUGGAAUUUAGUUGAUGAGGAUAUGAACGGUACUAUCUUAGUAAUGAAAUAUUUGGAGGAAUACAUCGUAAAAAAUGCAAAAGUUUUAACUGAAGUAAAUUAUAGACAAGAAAAACUUGUUAUCUCCUACAACAACGUCGACAUCAGAAUUGAGCCAGUUAGAAGUAUGAUGAAAAAUGAGCCAAUGGAAAUUUCUGACAGCAAAAAUGGCUACUCUAUUCAUGUACCCAGUGAAAAUUAUCCACUAUUUAAAGGUUCGGUUGGUGUGGUGAUUGUAUACAAAACUUUACAUAAACUGCUUCCUCAGCCACAAAUGAAAGACGUCGACGAUCCAAAGAUUCUCACAAAAGUGACUUCACUCUCUUUUUCAUCUGGCGACUCAACUUCCUUGGUCAAACCUGUCCAACUAAAAUUCACUUUACCUGAGAUGAUUUUGCCGGAACAGAGAUUGUGCUCUUAUUGGGAUUUCACAAAACCAAACGGUGGAGAGUGGUCAACCAAGGGAUGUCAGGCAUUGAACUCCACGACGUCGUCUCAAAUAACAUGCGAAUGUAACCAUCUAACCAACUUUGCUGUGAUUGUUCCACAGAAAACAGUCGUCAAAGUUGUGUAUCUGACGUUCUCGUUGUCAGCGGCAAUCGGUGCAGCUGUGUGUGUAUUUCUAGCGUUUAUUGUGUGCAUGUCGCAUAUUUGCUGUCCAAGUUAUUCUCGAUCUGAUCGGCGAUGCAUCUUAUGUAACCUUACGUUAAUUAUCGUGAUCGGAGUGGUUAUCUUCGCUGGUGGAGUCUUCAUCUCUGCGAUGAAGUGGGUUCCAUUAUCGUUAAGUUCCUAUUUUUGUUUCUCACUGAUUGGAGUUCUACAACUGUUCGGUGUAGCGUUUUUUGGAUGGCUAUUUGCAGAAGCGAUACAUUUGUAUUUGAUAACAAGAACGGUGAUUGACAAGAAGCAGGGCCAUCUCACUUUAUUCUACUUCAUUGGAUGGGGCAUACCCAUCGGAAUUCUAGCUGCAACAGGCGUACUUGUAUACUUAGACAAGUUUCGACUACAAUCGAGAUGUUUGUUACACGUGUCGUUUUAUUUGGUUGGCGUUCUGAUCGGUGCACCAUGUCUAUUAUAUAUCAUUGUCACGGUAAUCCUCUAUUAUGUUAUCUCUUGCACGAUGCAUCGAAAUAAAGACUUGUUGAGUAGUAAUGUUAUCAGUCAUACAAGACGAGCCUUGGUAUGUUCUGGUGGCUUGAUCAUUAUCCACGUGUUAGUGUUGGCAGCUGCAUCAGCAUUUUUACAUUUCAACACCGAUCCAUUAUUUCAUCAUAUUCUUGGCGGCGUCAUCGCGUUUGAGGGAAUAUAUUUGGUACUCUAUCAUUGCUUCUUAGAUCGAACGGAUGGAAACUUCAACUCACGACAAAAUUCUAAGAAGAGAAUUUCAUACAGUACUCAAGAAAUUGUUACAUAUUCCCCAAGCAACACAAACGAGAUGGGUACAGAUACAAACGAUCAAAAAUAUUUGGUGAAAAGAUCUUCAAAGCGAUAUUCUGGUGAUCCAUCCAAACCUUCUCCUCCUCAACUCAGAACGCAGACUUCCUCAGACGCAGGAGAUUUGGAUGCUCCUUAUCCUGGGAUGUAUGGCAGUCCUGGUGGUGGAAGCUCACCAGAAACAAAACCGUUGCUUUCAAAACAAGCAAAUGGCGAUCCACCGGAGAUAAUUUACGAAGAAGAUGACCAAGUCGAUGGAGCUUCCCUGCCUACAUUCGGCCAUGUUACAACAAGUCGAACAAACUCUGUACCCAGCAGCCGACACAAUUCCUUACCGAGAAAGAAGCACCAAAUUUGGGACGAAGCUUCCAUUGAUGGAAGUCAUAAAGCUUUGAAACGAUCGAACAGUAAAGCUAGUAGCAUUGUAAGCAUUGAAACGCAUAUCAGUUCAACAGACCAGAAAGGACUCCCUGUGUAUUUCCCCGCUGCACCUCCUCACUACGAGAUGUCGUUGCAACAAAAUCAAUCAGAAAUGAAAAACAUUGAUUCCUACCUUGGAAGCGGAACCAACUCAGCUCGUACGAGCUUUGGUAUCGAUCCUGAUCGCGUGUCGAAUUUAUCGUCCGAACUAUCAAAUAUUCUAUUCGAGCUACAAGCUUUUGAUACGGAAAAACACCCUCGAGAAUUACACGGAGCAAUUUACAGCGAGUCAGACUCGAAAACAUUACCGCACCGUCGCCAACUUGGUGCAACUGAUCUCAGUCGGUCAUCCACGUUCAAGCCUCAACGUGGGUACGCCAAAACUGAAGUGCAUUUCGAUUUAGAAAAACCACCACAUAUUGAUCACAAUCGUGUCAGGAUUCUUCGAGGGAGGUCUCGCGCUGAAGCAGACCCUUCUGACGGUUUACACAGUAACUCAGAUUCUAUAUAUUCUAGUUUAUAAGAAAACAUGGUUAAUACUACAUAUUGCCGUUUAUAGGACAUUCUGGUGGAUAUUUUACAUCUAAGUUUACAAGUUGACAUAAAACUUGACUUUUAUGCGUUUUUUUUAUUCUUUGAAUGUUAGACCCAAGGCUGUAAGAAUGAUUGUAUUAAAUAUUUUAUCUAUAAAAAGAUUUCUUCAUUCA